AUGGAGGUUACAGAUUGGGAAGUUUCUUCUGAUGGAACACAAAAUUUAGAGGUUGAUUUGCAAGACUCUGACGAUGAUGAGCUUCUCUUUAUGUCUGAUUGCAUACCUAAAUUACAGCAAAGGAAAGCUAAAUCCAAGGCUUGUUGGGAUUCAGAGAUGAGAAUGGCGAAGGUUAUAGAAAUGAAAGGUAGAUGUUGGGGUACAACAGGAAUAGUUCGAAACAGUGAGACCUAUUUGUCCAUUGAGGAGACGUUGUACAUGGCUGAACGGGGAGCAUUACUUCUCGUUGACAGUGAUGGUAUGGUUCUUUGUUUAAGUGAUAUGUAUGGGAUGCUUACGGAAUGGAAAAAUGGGUGUAGUUGGGAUUCUUUUCAAGCUUAUAAGCACUUGAAGUCACUUGGGUAUAUUGUUAGUCGCCAUGGUGUGCAGUGGACUGUGAAGAAUGACAAGCAUUGUUAUGAUCCUACGUGCGUUAGGGGCUUAAAAGAGAUCAGUGGAAUGUCAGUAACCGAAUUGGAAGAGGGAUUCUCCAUUACUGAUGGUCUCAGAAAUAUGCAUAUAAUUGGUGAAGCACAACCAGCUUUUGAUGUGUUUUUGCCUAAUAGCAAAUUUAGGAAGUCGUCUCCUGGUGAACCAGAUUCUGUAGUAUACAUAACUAGGGAAGAUAAUCCACCAUCGAAAGCCGAGAUUGAAGACUUAGAGGCAAUGGGCAAAGGUGUCGACCUUAUGUUCUGUCACGUAGAACAUGGUCGGGACAAACGCCUAACCUUGACGAUGGAUGAUAUCUCAAAGUCACUACGUGAGGUUUUUUAUUUGGAAGAUAAUGGAUAUGGUGACGACACCGGAAGUGGUGGUGGUUACGGAGGAGGAGGUGGUUCUGUUGGAGAAGGUGGUGGUUCUGGCAGCGGUGGCGGUUGA